AUGUCUCUAAAGCAAGUUAUCAUCGUGGGCGGCCACGGCAAGGUCGCACUUCGCCUGGGAAAGCUCCUUGCAGACGGCAAUAAACAUUCAGUCACCUCCAUCAUCCGCUCUAAGGACCAUAUAGCCGACCUCAAGGCUGCCUCGCCAGCAAUUAAGCCUCUUCUUCUGUCACUCGAAGAUUCUCCCGUGUCCGAGUUCAAGCAGGCAUUCACUGGGAAGGAUGUCGUGGUCUUCUCCGCUGGCGCUGGCGGGAAGGGUGGGCAUGAGCGUACUGUGAAGGUUGACUACGAAGGCGCGUUGAAGGUGUUCGACGCGAUAGAGGCGGUCGAAACGAAUAGGCCCCGUCUCGUCUUGGUCAGCGCCUUCGACAUACGGAACCUGGAUAUCGUUCCUUCUCACUACGAUGAAGAAGACAUCGCGUUCUCAAAGAGAAUCUGGGGUUCCAUUGGCAAGUAUAUGGAGAUGAAGUACCUGGCAGACAAGAACCUUUCCAAGCGCACGGCAUUCAAUUGGUCGAUACUUCGCCCAGGCACAUUGUCCGACGAGCCGGGUACCGGAAAAGCCUCUAUCGGCCGGACCCACCUCCCACCUCGAAUCUCCCGUGACGACGUGGCUUUGGCGCUGAGCGUUCUCGUGGACCGUCCCGAUGCUGCCGGACUUGCUAUCGAUAUCGUUGGAGGCGAUACGCCUAUCGUGGAGGGUCUGGACGCAUUCAUUGCCAAGGGCGAGACUGAUUUCUUGAGCUGA